CUCUACCUUAUGCUUAUUCAAUGAUGACUAUGACUUCACCUGGCAUUCGUUGAUUUCAUAAAAAUUUAGAUGCGAUUGUACUUCAAUAUGGCGAAUCGCGACAAAGGACGCAAUAAGUGGGGAGGAUUUUCACAAGAUAGUAUACAAAGUUCCACAUUGGAAAAAGAAAGAUCAGUAGGAAUGCGUGGAGGGUGCAAUAGAGCACCACAAGCUUUGUAUAGACCAGGGAGUGGUCCACUUCGGAAAUCAGAGAAGUCAGCUGAUGACUUCGAUCAUGAAAAUAAUUCACAAAUAAAAUCAAAACCAACAUCCGUCCAACAUCGUUUAAAGCAAUCACAGUCCAAUAGAUGCAGUCAAAUGUACCACAGUCCACCAUCAUCUUAUGCAGAAAAUCUAAAUGAGAAAUUGAAUGAUAUGCAUAUUAAUCUUAAAAAUGAUGAUAAUAGUGAUCAAGCACAAGAUUCUUUUAAAAGUAACUAUGGUGGAGAUCUAAGAAGAAAAAGCAGGAAACCAGAACAGCAACUGUACGUACCUAAGAAAGUGAAGGAAGCAUUGGCUGAACAGGAUGUAGCAAAUAGGUUUGAUCGUGAUCAUGAAAGAGAGGAAAGUGAAGAUUGCGAUUCUCAUUCCAAUCGUAGUUAUAAAGGUCAUAGACAUCGUAAUCGUUCAGGUGGUUGCAGUGGAAGAGAUGAACAUGGCAAACGAUUUUUGGGUAAUCGCAGGAAUCGUCAUACUAAUGAAAAUGAAGAGAGUUGGAGAUCAGAUUCUCCAUUAUCUACUAAAAAUUAUGGUAAUAGACGAGAUAAUCCACGAGAAAUUAGACAGGGUUCAGAACCUCUUUUUGUAACACCGAACAACCCAAAUGAUUUUUCUCGCACUCGAGAUACACGUAGUGUAGAACCUGCUGGACAUCCUGAAAAAUUUCAGGGUAAACCACCUUCAGGCAAAAAAAGUGGUUCUAACAAAUUGGACUCUUUACCACCACGUUUGCAAAAGAAAUAUUUGAUCGACAAUGGUUUAGCACUACCUAACAGUUCUUUUGCUUCUACAAUUGAGGAGUCUUGGAAUGGCACAACUGGUUCAUCAGUUUAUUAUCCACCUGCAAUUCAACAUUCACAAACUAUGCAAAACUUGCCACCUUCUGGUCCAUUACCACCUCAACCUUGUUGGUCUAAUACUGUACCUGUACGAAGUAGGGGUAGAGGUAGACUUAGACCAGAAGAAAUAGAAGGUCCAACUAAUGUGUUUAGACCUGUUACUCCGGAUCAGUAUUCGGCUCCAAGUUCAAGAUCUCAUACUCCCAGUCAGGAAUAUACAAAUAGGUCUUAUGAUCGUCGUGGUAGUAAUAGUACUAUGUAUACAAGCAUGGAAAGUUUAAGUCGUGCUGAUAGUGUAAUGUUGCCACCACCAAUGUCUAUUAUAUCUAGUUCAAAUAGAUGUCAGAUUUCAUCUGAAGAACAACAUCAUAGUGCAUCGCCUCCAAUUUCUUCACAGCAUCGUACUUAUAAUACACAAAGAGUAAACAAUUCAAAUGAAGGUAAAUCUAUGGAAAAACAACGUAGUCAACAAAUAUUAAGUCCAUCAAAAAGUGAAUCAUUUAGUAUGUUACCUGAUAUAGCAUCAGAACGCACUCUUGAUUGGAGUGAAGAAGUUGAAUUAAAUGAAAAAUUAGAAGCACAAUACCUGAGCCGUAGUUCGUCUGUACAAAGUUUACACGAAAGUGUAAGUUUAUCUGGAUCUCAAUCAAAAAGAGAGAGUCACAAGCGAGGAAAAAAAAAGCGUGAUAAGAAACCUGCAGUUGAUCAGAAUAAUAGUUCAGAAAAAACACGUGUAAAUAGCCGUGAUCGUCAAAAUAAUCAGCAAAAUAGAGAAAAUGACAGUUAUAACAAUAAUCAGAAAAAUAGCAAUAAUAACAAAAGAUAUGAUCAUAGAAGACAUCGUAAUAUAAUUCAACGUAGUCGUGAAUCUAGUAAGGACAGAAAUUAUCGUAGUAGCAGUCGACAUUACGAAGAACUGCAUAGACCAAGACCAGCAGAUCGGCAUUUAGAUGAAAAUUGGAGAACUGGACGGAAAAUGUCUGUAUGCGAUUCGGAUGAGGGAAGACAAACUCCUAAAGUAUCUUCUCACAUUAUCCCUACUCCAUUAUCAAAUGCAAAUUCAAAUACAACAAUACGACAAGUAUCCCCUACAGGAUAUACAAAUAUUCAAGCACCAGGGGUUUUAGUUUUACCAGAAACCAAUCAAUCGCCACCUAGCCAUACUGUUUCUCGACAAGGAAUUCAACAGCAAAGAAUAUUGUUUGAUCCUAAUAAUCCCAAUAAACCUAUAGUUGUUACUUCUCCUGGUAGUAGAGCUAUUUCGCAAAGAGAGAAUCAAACGUCAUCUCAAACUACCAGUAUUCCUGUAUUUCAAUCUCAUACGGGUAUAGCAUCUUAUCAUAAUAAUUUUCAUGGAGCACCAUUAGAUGGAGUACCUUCGUCAUAUACGACAGAUCAAUUUGGCAAUAUGAGACCUUCUUGGUAUGAUCCUUGUUCAGAAAGUUUCCGAUCUACAAAAAAUCCUUGCCUUUUGCUGGACAUAGGCCGAGCAGACUUAGAAUUACAAUGGAUGUUAAGUUCUGGUGGUUUCACAACAAAUUGGGAGAGGGUGUCCUAUAUAAGACACUUUCUUCAGGAUAGCUUGCAAACAUUGCUUAAGACUGAUAUCAAGUUCUGCCAAGCCGAGAAUGUUGAACAACACUUUUGGAAAAUAUUGUUUUAUAACAUGAUUGAAAUAUUAAGAAAAGGAAUGUCCAAAGAGAACCCAGAAAGCAAAGAGUAUUACAAAAAAACGAUGCUAAGUAUAAUUGACGAGGGUACUAUAUACUUGGAAAAUUUAAUUACAGUACUUGAAAAUACGUAUGACUUCAAGAUACAAGCAUUUCUUGCAUCAUCCACGCUACCUAAAGGUCUUGGAAUCUUAGGUUUAGCUUUAGUGAGCGCACAAAAAAUAUUUCUAUUUCUGGGUGAUUUAGCAAGGUAUAGAGAACAAGCAAAUGAAACUACAAAUUACGGAAAAUCAAGACAGUGGUAUUCAAAAGCACAACAAAUCAAUCCAAAGAAUGGAAGACCUUAUAAUCAACUUGCUUUAUUGGCACAUUAUGCCAAACGAAAAUUGGACGCAGUAUAUUAUUAUAUGCGAUCGCUUAUGGCAUCUAAUCCUUUUCAUUCUGCUAGGGAAAGUUUGCUAGCACUUUUUGAUGAAAAUAGAAAAAAGUAUCUACAUUAUUACGAAUCUACGGAACGUAAACGCAAGGAAGAGAGAGAAUGGAAGGAAAGAGCCAGGAUGAAAGAAAAAGAAGGAGCAAAUAGCAUUGGAGGAGGAUUAAGACGAGAAAUAUGGAUUCAUCCAGGUGGCAAAAGAGUUAGGCGUACAACUACGGCAGCUAGUACUACUGAUUCAAGAUUGGCACAAAGUGAUUUAGAAGAAUUAGCACAAUUGACGAGUGUUGAGGUGAAUAAACGUUUUGUUACAUCCUAUCUCCAUGUGCAUGGGAAGUUGAUCACCAAAAUAGGAAUGGAAACCUUUCAAGAGGCUGGCGUACAGAUGUUAAAGGAAUUCAGAGCUCUCUUGCAACAUUCGCCGUUACCACUACCUGGCACGCGCUUGUUACAACUCCUGGCUUUGAACAUGUUCGCGAUCGAGACGACGCAGCUGAAAGAUACACAAAUGGAACAGGGAUACCGAUCGGAGGUCCAGGAACGUGCUCUUAUCGUAUCUUUGCAGAUGUUUAGUUUGAUUUUGGAACGUGGUGUAUCUCUGUUGAAAACACAAUUGGAUAGUGGAGAAGAACCUCGAUUGGUCGUUGGAGAAGAUAUGCAGGUCCUUUUACCUGCUAUUAAGAUUUGGUGCGAUUGGAUGCUGUGCCACAGUACCGUUUGGAAUCCGCCACCUUCUUGCACAGAUUAUAGAGUCGGACCACCUGGAGACGUUUGGAGUAGAUUAGCAACGAUGGCAAAUCUUUUGGACAAGCUAAAUUACACCAGAACUGUUUUGAUACAAGCGAAAGAUGCCGAGAGUCGUGAAGACGAACUCGAAUUAGUAAAGUUGCCAGAAGAUACGACGUUGGCAGGAUUCACGCCGUUAAUGUCGAAUCCUCAAGAUCCUUGUUACGUAGAGAAGACGGAAGACAUGGAUAUCGCUCAGGUCUGUCUAAGGAUAAGCAAAGUGCUUUUCUUCGGCCAAGUAUUUCUGUGUGGACUAGAGACACCGGUAUUGAAAUUGCAGAAGAACGAGAUUGGUAUGAGCGAAUACGUAUCCGUAGUAGAAGCAUCUAGCACCAGUUCGCCAAGUUCACCGCCUGAACAGAGCGAUUCGGAACUCUUUGUGGAAAGUUACAGUGAGGACGAGGACGGACCACUCUCUACAAUGAAGAGAUUGCCGUCAAGCAAUGACGUAUUCGACGACAACGGGGCGCCUCUGGCUCUUGGAGAGAUAAGGUCGCUAAUCGAACGGAAGGAGGAGCUCGAGAGGAAGCAACGGAAGCAAGAUCGUCACCGGCAACGAGUCCAGGCAAUCUUAAAGAAAUCCUCUGUGUCGGUGGAAAUAGAAGUGAGACCAAGGCAAUUAGUACCAGACACCAAUUGUUUCAUCGACUAUCUGCCACAAUUGCAGAAUAUUACGAAAGCUACCUCUGGAGCACAGCCCAUCUACACGCUGAUGGUACCGCUGGUGGUUCUAAACGAACUGGAAGGCUUGGCUAGAGGUGCCGAUGCCAGGGAUUGUCCACCAGCAUCAAGAGCUACUUUGGAUCCUGAACACGUAGCCAGAGUAGCAGAAAGUGCAAAGGCGGCAUUGGCUUUUGCGAGAAGCCGAAACCCAGCAAUUCGAUGCUUGACUACAAGAGGAACCGUCUUGACAUCCAGUACCUUUACCGUUGAAGAAGACGUCGAUAAGGACAAAUUAACUAGAAAUGAUGACAGAAUUCUAGCUACGUGCUUGAGCCUUUGCAGAACAGGAAACAAAGAUUAUAAUAACCCAGCAGAGGAGGGCCAGCCCCGACGUCUAAGGAGAGAAGUCGUGUUGCUGACGGAAGAUAGAAACCUGAGGGUGAAAGCCCUCGCUAGGGACGUGCCGGUGAGAGAAGUGCCCGACUUCAUGGAAUGGGCUGAUCUGGGCUGAAACGACGAUGACUUCAUGACCAAAUAUUCCCACUCCUGACGAAACAAAUAUCCCCCCCCCCCGCCGCGCAAACUAAGAUCAUCAACUUAGAUUAAAAGCAAAGCGAAGGAAGAGAAAUGAAAGAAGAGAAUAGAAAAGAAAAAGUACUUCUCAUCACCUCGAUGGACCCUUUGUGAAGGGAAAGUGCGUUAACGAAAAACGCGAUUUUUUUACGUUUUUUUUCCAACAAAAAAAAACAAACAAAGAAACUCGAACACGCGUAUCCUGUUAAUUUUCCUCUUGUUUUUUUUUCCUCUUUGCAAAAAUUUGUUACUUCUUUCAAAAUUCUUCUACGUACGUCUCUAAAAAAGAAAAUUAAGAAAAAAAAAAACAAAAGCGGAAGAGAAUACAAAGCAUCAAGAGUUUAUCUAAAAGGAAUACUGGAAUCAUCAAUUCAUAGACGCCCUUUCACAUAUUCCAAGCUCGCAACACUUUUCAUUCCGUUCCUGAAUCCCAACUUCUCCGUAAUCUCCCUGAUUUUCCACAUUUGAAGUAAAAUUCAGAUGAAAUGAACGUAAAGAAGGCGUCGAUCGUAAGGUACAAAGUCCGACUCGUAGUCGGUAAAGCAGAUUUAGUAGUACCGUAUUCAGGAAAAGAGAUUGCUCGAGAAGACGAGAGAAAGAAAGCGGUCCACUGAAAGAGGGGAAUACUAAAGCAGCAACAAGAAUAAAAGAAAGAGAAAGAAAACAAAAAUAGGAAAAUGUUCGUAAAAAUAUUGUCUCUUGGGAGUUUUGACAAGUUUUAUUCUUCUUAGGCUCGUUUUAUCAAAGAUAGUCAUCUAUUGUGACUGAAUUUGUUGUAUAUGAUCCUUUUAAACCGUGUUUGUAUGAAUACAUAUUUAUACGAGUUUUGAA